AUGCCUCCUGGUGUGAUGAUGAGCGGCAGGAAUCGAACUCGAAGCAGGUGGAGGGGCGCGUGCGCGUGCGCGGCGCCGCUGCUGCUGCGGUGCGCGCUCGUCAUGGCGUGCGUGGGCGGCGCGCUGGCCGUGGACGCGCAGGGCGCGGCGCUGCUGGCCUGGAAGCGCACGCUGCUGGGCGGCGCGGAGGCGCUGCGGGACUGGAGGGACACCGACGCGUCGCCGUGCCGGUGGACGGGGGUGUCCUGCAACGCCGCGGGCCGGGUCACGGAGCUCAGCCUGCAGUUCGUCGACCUGCACGGCGGCGUCCCCGCCGACCUGUCCGCCUCCGCCGUGGGCACCACGCUCGCGCGCCUCGUGCUCACGGGCACCAACCUCACGGGCCCCAUCCCGCCGCAGCUCGGGGACCUGCCGGCUCUGGCGUACCUCGACCUCAGCAACAAUGCGCUCACGGGGUCGAUCCCGGCCGCCCUGUGCCGGCCCGGGAGCAGGCUCCAGAGCCUCUACCUCAACUCCAACCGCCUCGAGGGCGCCAUCCCGGACGCCAUCGGCAACCUCACGGCGCUGCGGGAGCUCAUCAUCUACGACAACCAGCUCGAGGGGGCCAUCCCGGCGUCCAUCGGACAGAUGGCCAGCCUCGAGGUGCUCCGCGCCGGCGGCAACAAGAACCUCCAGGGCGCGCUCCCGCCGGAGAUUGGCAACUGCUCCAACCUCACCAUGCUCGGCCUCGCCGAGACCAGCAUCUCCGGCCCGCUCCCGGCGACCCUGGGCCAGCUCAAGAGCCUCGACACCAUCGCCAUCUACACCACGAUGCUCUCCGGGCCGAUACCUCCCGAGCUCGGCCAAUGCAGCAGCUUGGUCAACAUCUACCUGUACGAGAACGCGCUCUCCGGGUCCAUCCCGCCGCAGCUCGGCAGGCUCAGCAACCUCAAGAACCUGCUGCUGUGGCAGAACAACCUCGUCGGCGUCAUACCGCCGGAGCUGGGGGCGUGCGCGGGGCUCACCGUCCUGGACCUGUCCAUGAACGGCCUCACCGGACACAUCCCGGCGUCGCUCGGGAACCUGACGUCGCUGCAGGAGCUGCAGCUCAGCGUGAACAAGGUGUCCGGCCCGGUCCCAGCCGAGCUCGCGCGCUGCACCAACCUCACCGACCUCGAGCUCGACAACAACCAGAUAUCCGGCGCCAUCCCCGCUGAGAUCGGCAAGCUCACGGCGCUGCGCAUGCUCUACCUCUGGGCCAACCAGCUCACGGGGAGCAUCCCGCCGGAGAUCGGCGGCUGCGCGAACCUCGAGUCGCUCGACCUGUCGCAGAACGCGCUCACCGGGCCCAUCCCACGUUCCCUCUUCCGGCUGCCGCGGCUCUCCAAGCUGCUGCUAAUCGACAACACCCUCUCAGGCGAGAUACCACCCGAGAUUGGCAACUGCACGUCGCUCGUCCGGUUCCGCGCGAGCGGCAACCACCUCGCCGGCGCGAUUCCUCCCGAGGUUGGUAAGCUUGGCAACCUCAGCUUCUUUGACCUGAGCUCGAACAGGUUGUCCGGCGCCAUACCAGCGGAGAUCGCCGGGUGCCGGAACCUCACGUUCGUCGACCUCCACGGCAAUGCCAUCGCCGGCGUUCUGCCGCCGGGGCUGUUCCACGACAUGCUCUCGCUGCAGUACCUGGACCUGUCGUACAACUCCAUCGGCGGCGCGAUCCCGUCGGACAUCGGCAAGCUCGGUUCGCUCACGAAGCUUGUUCUUGGCGGGAACAGGCUCACGGGACAGAUACCUGCAGAGAUCGGUUCCUGUUCACGGCUCCAGCUCCUGGACCUCGGCGGCAACACGCUGUCCGGCGCGAUACCGGCGAGCAUCGGCAAGAUUCCUGGGCUGGAGAUUGCUCUCAAUCUGAGCUGCAACGGCUUGUCGGGCGGGAUACCCAAGGAGUUCGGUGGCCUCGUGCGGCUUGGUGUGCUCGACGUGUCGCACAACCAGCUCUCCGGUGAUCUGCAGCCGCUGUCCCCACUCCAGAACCUUGUGGCCCUCAACAUCUCCUUCAACGACUUCACCGGCCGCGCGCCCGAGACGGCGUUCUUCGCUAAGCUGCCGACGAGCGACGUGGAGGGCAACCCAGGCUUGUGCCUGUCGCGGUGCCCCGGCGACGCCAGCGAGCGCGAGCGCGCGGCGCGGCGCGCUGCCCGCGUCGCCACCUCGGUCCUGGUGUCCGCGCUCGUCGCCCUCCUCGCCGCCGCGGCGUUCCUCCUCGUUGGCCGCCGCAGACGCUCAUCCUCGUUGUUCGGCGGCGCGCGCUCCGACGAGGACAGCAAGGACGCCGAGAUGCUGCCCCCGUGGGACGUGACGCUGUAUCAGAAGCUGGAGAUCAGCGUGGGCGACGUGGCGCGCAGCCUGACGCCCGCGAACGUGAUCGGGCAGGGCUGGUCCGGGUCGGUGUACCGCGCGAGCGUGCCGUCCACGGGCGCGGCCAUCGCCGUGAAGAGGUUCCGGUCGUGCGACGAGGCGUCCGCCGAGGCGUUCGCGUGCGAGGUCGGCGUGCUGCCCCGGGUGCGCCACCGCAACAUCGUGCGGCUCCUCGGGUGGGCCGCCAACCGCCGGACGCGCCUCCUCUUCUACGACUACCUCCCGAACGGCACCCUCGGCGGGCUGCUGCACAGUGGCUGCGGCGGCGGCUCAACCGGCGCCGCGGUGGUGGAGUGGGAGGUUCGGCUCUCGAUCGCCGUCGGCGUGGCCGAGGGCCUCGCGUACCUCCACCACGAUUGCGUGCCAGCGAUCCUCCACCGCGACGUCAAGGCCGACAACAUCCUCCUCGGCGAGCGGUACGAGGCGUGCCUCGCCGACUUCGGCCUCGCUAGGGUCGCCGAGGACGGCGCCAACUCGUCGCCCCCGCCGUUCGCCGGGUCGUACGGGUACAUCGCUCCCGAGUACGGGUGCUCGACCAAGAUCACGACGAAGAGCGACGUGUACAGCUUUGGGGUGGUGCUGCUGGAGGCCAUCACGGGGCGGCGACCGGUGGAGGCGGCGUUCGGGGAGGGCCGGAGCGUGGUGCAGUGGGUGCGCGAGCACCUCCACCAGAAGCGCGACCCCGCGGAGGUGAUCGACCAGCGGCUGCAGGGGCGGCCGGACACGCAGGUGCAGGAGAUGCUGCAGGCGCUCGGGAUCGCGCUGCUGUGCGCCAGCGCGCGGCCCGAGGACCGACCGACCAUGAAGGACGUGGCGGCGCUGCUGCGCGGCCUCCGGAGCGACAACGACGGCGCCGAGGCGCGGAAGGUCAGCGGCGGCGGCGGGUGCGGGGCGAGGCCGCUGGACUCGGCCAGGUGGGCCGCUGCGGCCUCCUCGCCUGCCAAACCCACGGCCCAACAAGCCCAGGCGCAGUCCACGUCUAGCUCGUUGGCGUACUCAAUGUAA